AUGACUCUUGUUCACAAUUACCAAAAGAUUGUUACAAGGUUUCGUCAGGAACUGAACAAACAUGUUGAGACUCUAGUAAUGGAACACCCGUUGGGCUAUACAUACUAUACUUCAAAUGAGUUAUCAAGGUUUGAAGAAUUUUCUUCAAAUUUUUAUGAAAACGAAACUGCACUCAAUCGUUGUAGUUUAGAAGUAUCCAAAUCAAAAGAUGAAAUCAAUAAUGACUAUGAAAUUGAUGCGUCCAACGAAACCGGAGUGUUCAUAGCCGAAUGGACUCCAACAAAAUCCCAGCAAAGCUUGAAACGCACACUUAUCCUUCUGAAUGGCAGAAGCUUAUUAAAGGAAUAUGGUAAAGCUACCAAUGUUAAGUACAAGAUUUGCCAUGAGGAAAAUUACCUAAUACUACAUGCCUCUAGAAAGAAGGACUUAGAGAAAAUGCUAUAUUUACUGAAUAGGCUCGAUAGUUUACUUUCUCAAGAGAUCUCUGACCAUUGUGAGAAAAACCUCUUUUCAAUAGGAAGGUUUCCCAGCUGUGAGUUGAAGUUUUCAUCUCUUAAUUCCGACGUUCCUCUUUAUAAAACUCUUUUUCUAAAUCCUGAAGUUCGUAAAACCACUGAAUUUUCCGAUAUGUUAUGUUUUUUUAUGCAUUUGUCAUAUCACGAUAGCACAACUAAUACGUAUAAAAAUCUUCCAUUAUGCAAUAUUUCAGAAGGAAAGUUUGUUUCUAAUGGAAACUUCCCUUAUAUUGGUAAUGGUGAAAAAAGUGUUACAGAGAGAGAUUCAGAUGUACCGGCGAAUAUGAAAGACGAUUCUCCCGAGAAAAAGAAGGAAUUAAUGAUUUCGUCGGCUUAUUCUAUGAAUGAUAUGGCUGGAAAGUCGAAUCAACCACAAUUUGAAGGAUCUCUUUCUUUCUCGGAAACUAAAGACCCUUCUAAAAAGGUUCAAGUCUCCAGGAAUAGUACAAGUACUAUACACCCUCAUGUAAAUGAUACUGAAGAGAAGAUAAAUGAAAGCGAUCAGUCAUCAGGUAUAAAUAAAUUGAAGAAGAAGCCUCCUAAAUUUAGUUUCAAGCUUCCUUCGCGUCCUUCUGAAUCAUAUCUUCUAGCUGAAUCGGCUUCAGAUGAAAUUGUUGUUCGUCGCGUGUGCGUUCCUGAGAAUGAUGAGGAUAGGAAUGCAUUUUCCCGAAAGAGAAACGUUGGUACUAAUGUCUGCUCUCCGCCGUCGUCAUCCUUGGAAAAUCUUCGGUUAAAUAAUCAUACAACUACUGGUACUGACGGAAAAGUUUCUUUGGUAUACAUAGAAUCUGAUGUUUGCAAUCUUCAGCUUUGCUUGCAAGCUGACAGUCGCCCUAAACACCUAGGAAAUUACGAAAAGCUUGACGAACAAAAUCAUAAACUACUGCAGAUGACCCUCUCUAAAAGUUUGCAUAUUUUACAGUCAUUUUCAGGUGAAAUACACUUGUCUUUAAAAUUUGGGAAGGUUAUUUAUCCAAAUGUAAGCCCAGAGAUUCACCAUUAUUAUCAGAGUCCUUCUCGAUUUUAUAAAAAGGAUGAUCUUCCUAAGUCCUUGUUUUCGAAUUGUAUUACCAACUCAGCUGAAGAAAUACAAAACUUUUUAAAGAGGCCUGUAAUUAUUCAUUACAGUCGUAAUGAAAAGUCUUAUGACAUCGCGAAACCUAAGACAACUCAAACAACUGAAUGCUUUCUGUUCCACGGGAUAUUUAAGAGUAAGAAGAAGGGACAAGAAACCUCGACGCCGUUCUUUAUGAAAUGCACUUCGACUUUAAAGGAACGUUGUUUCUUUGAAUGGAAUGAAGCAACCUCCGUUUGUAAUUUAAAUUUUGUUGCUAUGCCCUGGGAUGCUCGAUUAGAGCUUCAUGCAUGUAAGGUUUUGAACAAUGCAAUAUUAAAGAAGUUCUCCGAUUCUUUGUGUUUUAGAAAUGAUGGAGGUACCAGUAUUCUGAGCUUUAAUAAUCUGAAAAAUAAGAUUGUCGUACUGUCAGUUCAACGGAUUUGGGAAAAUCUGAUACCCUUCAACAAUGAAUUCCUUCCUCAUUCUACUGAUUUCUUAUUGAAGUAUUCGAGAAUUAAUGAUUUUGAGGUUUUUACUACUCAAGAAAUUCCAUCAUCGCAAUUUGUUAUCAUGGAUCAACCUCAUAAAGAAAAUUUUUCUACGUUUUAUACGGUCGAACUCGAAAGUCCGUUCAUGAAUUCUCAAUUUGAAUGUAAUAAGAGGAUCCAGCCAAAAGAAACGGCAAAAUGGGAUUCAACUAAUCCGCAAUUCAUUGGAGGUGCGAUGAUAGAAAAUUCUCAAGAUUGGUACACUGCUGCAAUUGUUACAGUAAAACAGUUGGAUAACACUAGCUUAGUACCAUAA